UUGUGGCGAAGACGCCUGUAGCCAGUGGAUCCCGGAACCAGAAGCUCAUCUUGGACGUGCUCCGCCGUGCGAACAGUGGACAGGAAUGCUGACGUGGCACGAUCGUGUACUGGUUGACUUCGAGGGGGUGCCAUCCAAGUACCGACGGCCAUGGCAGCAGCACGCUCCUGUGCUUCUCGGUGCGCGAGAGAGAGAGACAGAGGACCAGUGGGAGUUCACGUGGGCACCAGGCGCCAUGCCAGGCUUCCCAUUCCCAAUUAAUAUUGCGGAGCACUGGUCGGCAACAGUGGCACAUGGUAGAUCGGAAAAAGAAACAAAACAAUCAAUGCUCUUCGUUUUCCUAAUGAUCUCUGCACUGCGGCGAAACAGAGGAGAGUGGGCGGCAUGUGGAAGGGGCGAGCGGGCGGAUACGAGGAUCGGGUGGCGUGAUCACCCCCCCGUCUUCCUCCAUCAUCUCCUGGGAAUCCCUCCACAGGCUUCCGCGGCGUUUAAGGAAGGCUGCCCCAACCAUGGCUUUCCUCUUCCGUGCUCGAUGGGCAACAUCGAGGCUCUUCGGACAGGUACCAAGGCCGGUUCACAUGUCCCCUGUAGCACCAAGUACUCUCAAAGUGGCCUCCCCAUUUGCUCCGUGUUCAUCUCCUAGGUUUACUUCGUAAAGUACUCCUGUGUUUGGUUGCAUGUGUCUACGUCUAUUCCGUUAUAUUCUCUCUCAUACUACCAGCAAAAUCUAUUUACCAUGGAUUCAAUAGUUCAUCCACCAAGUGAGAAAAGUGUUCUUUAAAUGUGAACUGCAUGUGUUGACACAAAUAAAAAUCAAUGUAGUACAUGACACAAGUUUGGGCU